AUUUCUAGAGUAUAUAAAAGGUGUCAGAGCAGAGAUGGCAUACAGACUUCAGAAACCAUCACCUGCUCCACUACUGAACUACUUGAAACUCCAACUUUAGACAUCAUGUAUACCAAAUGCUGCAGAAGCUCAUGUGGUAGCUAUGGCUAUGGUUCCAGAUAUGGCUGUGGUUAUGGUUCUGGAUAUGGCUGUGGCUACAGUUCCAGAUAUGGCUGUGGCUAUGGAGAAGGCUACGGCUGUGGCCUGGGCUAUGGCUAUGGCUCCCUCUAUGGCUGUGGCUACUAUGGUUCUGGAUAUGGCUGUGGCUAUGGUUCCAGAUAUGGCUGUGGCUAUGGUUCCGGAUAUGGCUGUGGAUAUGGUCCCAGAUAUGGCUGUGGCUAUGGCUCCGGAUAUGGCUGUGGCUAUGGUUCCGGAUACGGCUGUGGAUAUGGUCCCAGAUAUGGCUGUGGCUAUGGAUCUUCUUUCUGUGGUUACCGUCCUAUUGUCUACAGGAGAUGCUAUUCUUCUUGCUGCUGA